CAAGAAAAAGGCUGUUGUGGCUGAUAGCUUGACAGAUUUACUGAAAAAAGGUACGUUAUUUAAACGAAUAUUUUAUGUUGAUUUGCGAGAUGAUUUGCAUAUGUAAAUUUUGUAUUUGUAUAUUUAUAAUCUCAAUAUAAAUCGCAUUUCUAAGUAAAAUAACAUCGAGUACAUUGUUUGUAAUAUGACAGGCAAAGAAAAACUAGAAAUGGGCAAUGUCGAAAGGCUGAAAGUCUGCAUGACUGACGGUACUGAGAUUGAUGAUGACGAAAUUUUGAAAAGUUGCUCUGAUGGAACUAUCCUUCAUUUCAUCUGCGAGUCGGAUGCAGAGGCCUCUCAAGAAAUGGCUGAAAAACCCAGUUCCCAGAGGGUUUUUUCGUCAACCAGUUAGUAUAUUAUAAAAUAGAUGUAUAUAUUUUUUAUACUUUUCUUGUCAAAAAAAUAUAUAAGGUCAGAUGAGAUGGGGUACAUUUGUUUAAUAUACCUCCCCCAGUAUGGAACGUAACAUUUUUGUGCAAUAACAGAAGGAAAUUGUGUGCACCAGAGAGGGAUUAUUGGGUAAAACUGUAAAUUGUGCACCAAUUUGUGCAUCAAGAGCAGCCUUUGUGCACGGCACAUGUGCGAUGCACAUCGCCUUCAUUCCAUACUUGCCUCCCCCCAGAUCAAUCUAGUAUUUAAAUAAAGGCCUUUUCUGAAAGGUCGUUAACAAAUUCUUACCAGUACAGUCUCUUGUUCCCUAUCAUAUAUGGCAUGCUGCAAUGCAUGAAUGUAUGAUGUAUAUCAUCAUAUACCUGACCAUAAUCCUAAUCCUCAAUUUCAUCCAAAGUCUACUCCCCCCCAACCCUACUAGACUUUUACUUGUGGGACAACCUUAAGCAGCUAUAUUAUAUAUGCAUAUAGAUCUGUAUGUCAUACAUCAUCAUAGGAAACAAGAGACCAUGUUGUUCUGACAGGGUCGAGGUAUUUUAGACUUUAUCCAUAGAGGAUGGGGUGGCUGUGUAGGUGUAUAUUGAGUACUAAUAGAAAAUUGGCACACCCUAAUUUUUUGUUUUGAAUAUAAAUAAAAAAAACUCUCAAAAUUCUGUUUUGUUUGGCAAGAUGCCCAUUUUGAAAAAUGGAAUAUUUAUGUGAGCUGAGUAACAGUAGAAUACUGACAGUAUUAUUGGCAUAUGUUACCUAGCUCCUGUUAAAAAGAACAAAUUUAAACAAAUGACACUGACUGCUGGCAUUGGAAACACAAUUUCUAUUGGAGCUGGAG